AUGGCUGAAAAAUCUACUGAUAUCUCCUUGAAUAGGAGCAUAAAGGAUAACUCAGUUGAUGAGAGUGUUCACUCUCUGGCCACAUCUGCAGCUAGUCAGGAAACCAUUACUAUCGUGAAUAGGGAGACUGGUGAGUCUACAGUAAUAGUAAAAGAUUGGACUGAUGAAGAAGAGCAGAAACUUGUUUGGAAAGUGGACUUCAUUGUUCUACCAAUACUUUAUUUUGCCUUUUUCAUUUUGCAGCUGGAUAGAGGUAAUAUUAGUAACGUGUACACUGAUACUCAUUUUUACAACAUGUUGGAUUUGAACAACACCAAGAUCAAUAUUGCCAGUGCUCUGUUUUCUAUAGGUAUUGUUGUCUUUGAAAUUCCCUUCAAUGUGGUUCUACAAAGGGUAAGUCCUUCGGUUUUCUUGAGUGCUCAGAUUUUUCUUUGGAGUUUGGUUGCAACCCUCCAAACUAAGAUAACAAACAUCCAAGGAUUUUAUGCUACCAGGUUUAUUUUGGGUGCCAUGGAGGCUGGAUUUAUUCCUGGAGGAUUAUACUACCUCAGCACUUGGUACAAGAAAUCUGAACUUGGUUUCAGACAUACACUGUAUUUCUUUGGUAACCUUACUGCUGGUGCACUUAGUGGUCUUAUUGCAGCUGGGAUCCUGAAAGAUCUCCCAGGAGUUAAUGGCCUUUACGGAUGGCAAUGGAUUUUCCUUGUUGAAGGUGUCACAGGUCUUGGUUAUGCGGUAAUUUUUUUUCUGGCUCUACCGGAGUCGACAACCUAUCCUGCAGCUUUCUGGAACAAAAAAUGGUUCUAUUUUGACGAAAGAGAAAGAUCCAUUUUGCGACGAAGAAUACUUUUGGAUGAUCCUUCCAAAAUUGUUUCAACCAGAAAGACCAGUCACAAGGAUAUUUGGAGUACUUUCAAGAAUCCUGUUCCGUGGCUACAUGUACUUAUUUCUUUGUCCAUCUUGCAAACCAUCACUGCUUUGGGCAGUUAUCUUCCAUUGAUUAUAAAAUCGAUGGGUUUUAGUGUCUUCGAAGCUAAUGCUAGAUCUUCAAUUCCACAGUGGGCUACGAUGGUGACUUUGGUCAUUCUGACGUAUACUAGCAAACGUUUCAAGGCUAGAGGAUUUACGAUCUUACUCGUUGUGGUUUGGCAGCUAGCUGCUCAGAUAGCUUUGAGAGAGCUGCCGGCCAGUGCCUCUGCUACUCAAAGAUUUGCAGCACUAUGUUUCCUUUAUGCCCCAGGUAUGGUGGUGCAUGUCCUCAACAGUGCAUGGUUAAGCGCAAAUGUUCGCAGUCCAAGAGAAAGAAGUGUUGCAUUGGCCAUGUUGAUUAUGGCUGCAAAUAUAGGAGGCGUUUGUGGUGGACAGAUUCUACGAGACAAUGAUAAACCACUGUAUCGUAAGGGGUUUCUUUCUCUUAUCAUUGUGGACGCAUUUGCAUUGCUAGUAGUGGCCUACACUAUAGGGUUUUAUUACUACAAGAAUAAGAAAGCCGAUAAACUGUACGGAAAACUGAAAUCCAAAUCGUUGGAUGAUGAAGAGCAAACUAACGUGGUAAAUUCCCUUGACAGAGGGGUUGUGUAUGUAGGUUUUGGACUUGACGAGUCUGAGAAGGAGGGUCUAGCAGUUAACAUUCUUAAAAGUAAUUUUAGAUUUAUUGUAUAG